CUCAUAGAAAUUGCUCUUCACUAUCAGAUCAUCAAAGAAUGGCUGAACUUGGCAUCGCUGUUGCAAGCAAUACCAUGGGGAACCUGGCAACAGAAUACGCAUCACCUUAUCUCAGUUAUUUUUUCCGUUUUGGCAAAAUUGUUGAAGAUUUCAAGAAUCGACGAAACCAACUUGAAUUGAGAAAAAUUCGAGUGGAAAAUGAUGUCGCUGAGGCAAAAAAGCAAACUCAGGUAAUUGAGAAGGAUGUUGAGGAGUGGCUAACAAGGGCAGAGAAAAAAUUGGGAGAAGCUCAGAGUUUGGAAGAUGAAAUUGAACGUAACAAGUGUUUCAAUUGGUGUCCUAGUUGGGGCUGGCGAUACUGCUUAAGCAUCAAAGUAGCUAAGAAGACACUUUGUAUCUCUCAACUUUUAGAGAAUUCUAAUUUUGAACGAGUAGGUUACCGAGCUACUCUUCCAGGAUUAGAGUUCAUUCCAUCUAAGGAUUUCAUGUCUUCUGAAUCUUCAAAUUCUGCUUUCAAAGAGAUCAUGGAGGCUCUGAAUAAUGGUGAUGUGAACAUGAUUGGACUAUAUGGGAUGGGAGGUGUGGGUAAAACCACUUUGGCAAAAGAAGUGGGAAACCAAGCCAAACAACUCUUCGAUAAAGUUGAGGUUGUAACCGUGUCCCAAAAUCCAAACAUCAACAAUAUUCAAGAUAAAAUUGCAGACUUCCUAGAUUUAGAUUUUCAAAAGAAGACACCAGAAGGAAGAGCAGAACAAUUGUGGUUGAGAAUCAAAGACGAGAAGAGCAUCCUUAUAAUCCUCGAUGAUGUUUGGGAAGAACUUGACUUGAAGAUUAUUGGAAUUCCAUUCGGUGAUGAUCACAAGGGUUGCAAAAUUUUUUUAACCACGCGUCUUCAAGAAGUUUGCACUCGAAUGCAUUGUCAAAGGGAAGUUCUCCUCAAAAUCUUAUCUGACGAUGAAGCAUGGGCUUUAUUCAAAGAUAGCGCUGGUCUAAAAGAUAACUCUCCCACCUUGAAGGUAGCCAAGGAGGUUGCUCUUGAAGGCAAGGGUUUGCCUCUUGCAAUUGUAACUAUGGCGAAAGCUCUAAAAGGUGAAAGUCUUGAUGGGUGGAUAGCAGCAAAUCUACGACUUAAGGAGUCAAGACAUUUGGAUAAUCAACAUGUUUGCGGAGGUAUUUAUAAAUGCCUUAAGCUUAGUUAUGAUUAUUUGAAGGAAGGUAAUUAUGAUUAUUUGAAGGAAGAUAAUAUCCAGUCAUGUUUCUUGUUGUGUUCUCUUUUUCUAGAAGAUGAAGAGAUUAGUGUUGCGUUGUUGACUGUAUUCGGCAUUGGUCUGGGAUUGUUUGGUAAUAUUAACUUAAUUGAAGACUUAAGGAGGGAAAUUCGUCUAGCACUAUCCAAACUCCAAAAGUCUGGUUUGUUAUUGCAAACUGAUGAUGAAGAAUCUGUAAAAAUGCAUGAUGUGGUUCGUGAUUUUGCUCAUUGGAUAACAUCCACAGGGGAAAAAAUGUUCAUGGUAAAAAAUGAGUUGACGGAAUGGCCUAACAGUGAAAAUUUUGAUUGUUAUACAGCAAUCUCCUUAUGGAAUAGUAAGAUAGAUAAUUUUCCUGAGAGAUUAGAAUUUUCAAAACUCAAGACCUUGAUUUUAUCAGGAAGGGACUACCAAAUAGUCCCGAGUACAUUUUUUGAAGGAAUGAAAGCCCUCCAAAUUUUAUUUCUUGAACGUCAUGUAUUCUCCAUGGAAGCAUUUCAAUUCCUAAAAAAUCUUCGAAUUCUGAGCUUUGUAAGGUGUGGCCUGCAAGAGGAUAUCUCAUCAUUGAGAAAUCUGAAAAACCUUGAGUUUUUAGAAUUGAGUAGUGUUGACUUUGAAGAGCUACCUGAAGAAUUAUUGGAAUUGCAUAGACUAAAGUCACUAUAUUUUUCUUGCUUUGGAGAUGGACCCAUCAAUGUCCCCCCUAACUUGCUAUCAAGGUUAACGUCACUCCAAGAGCUACACGUGCCGAGAGACAACAAUGCUAACUUACUGGAGUUGAAUUCAUUGUCUCGUUUGACUACAUUAACAUUGAUUGUUUCUACUGAUCAAUGUUUUCAAGAAAACUUUGUGUUCCCUAAACUACAAAGCUACAGUAUAGCAGUAAAUGCAUAUAUUGAAUUUCCGGAGAAGCGUAUCUCGAGAAUAUUGACAAUUAGUGAUUGCUCAUCAUUAAAUGCAUUUAAGGAGCUGUUUCCCAAUGUGCAAAAGCUGACUUUGUUCAAAGUCAUGGAACACAAAACUGUUGUCCCAAAUGUAGAUCAGUGGGGACUAAAUGAAUUAACUUCUCUUCAGCUUACAUCUUGCGAUGAUUUGGAAUGCUUGAUUGAUACAACACGAGAACAGAGUCCAGCCACUGCAUUCUCUAAUUUGGUGAACUUAGACAUUGGUAAAAUGACUUCUUUGAAAGAGUUAUGCAAUGGUCAAUCACCGAAUAGCUUCUUACAAAACUUAGAAACAUUGAUCAUUUGCGAUUGUGGACAGCUGCAAUCAGUGUUUCAAAUGAAUGGUCAGAUGCUGUCAAUCUCAAAUUUAAGAAGCUUGGAGCUGCAGUCAUUACCGGCAUUGGAGAGUAUAUGGAAAGAGCCAACUCAACGUGUGAACCUACAAAGUCUGAAGGAUGUAAAAGUUGAUGGUUGUGAUAAACUAAAAUCUAUCUUCUCACCUUACCUUGCUCAAAGCUUGUUGCAUCUUGAACAACUCAAGAUAUCUGCAUGCAAGAAAUUAGAGCAAGUCUUUGCUUUUGCCCAAGAUAUGGCUGAGCUGGAGGAAAAUCAGGCACCACCACUCUCAAAUUUAAUUUGUUUGGAGUUGGAGUCUUUACCAGAAUUGAGCUGCAUUUGGAGAGAACCCACCCAUCUUGUUAAGCUCAAGAGCCUUAAAACUAUGAGAAUUGGUUCAUGUUCUAAAUUGGAAUAUCUCUUUUCACCUACCCUUGCUCAAGCUUUGGUGCAUCUGGAAGAACUCGAGAUAAAGGAAAGCAACUCCUUGAAACAUUUAAUCAUGGAAGCAGAAAAUGGUGAUGAAAUAGUUUCAAACAAGGAUCGCUCUCUCCUGUGCUGGCCAAAAUUAAAAUCUUUUGAGAUAGCUAGUUGCAAAAGUUUGAGAUAUGUGUUUCCCAUCACUUUGGCUCAUGGACUUCCGCACUUGGAAUCAGUUCAGAUAAUUGAUUGCCCUCAACUAAUGCAUGUCUUCAACAUGGCAAAAGAAGAGGAUGGGCACGAUAUUCUGCUCCCUCGGUUACAGUUUUUAAGACUUGAAUACUUACAAAACUUGAGGAGCUUUUGUCCAAGAAACUAUUUUGUCAUGUUGCCAUCUUUGAAGGAAUUCCAAGCUUGCAAUAUUGGUCUCCCACCCGAAUCAAUGGCUCAUUUCCAUAUUCACGAAAGUCUUUGCUCGUGGUCUCUAUUGAAGGACGUUCAAUUGCAAGCAUUGAAGGAGUUAUUACACAAUGUCAAAAAUCUUACCUUGAAUAGAGUCAUGUAUCAAAAAAGUCUCGUUCCAAAUGUAGAUCCAAAGGGACUUAUUGACUUAAAUUUUCUUGCACUUAAAGGUGGCAAGGAGCUCGAAUGCUUGAUUGAUACAACCCUAGGCCAUGUCUCAACUAAUGCAUUCUUCAAUUUGGUGGAAUUAGUAAUAGAAGAAAUGACUGGUUUGAAAAUGUUGUGCAACGGUCAGUUUCCAAAGGGCUUUCUACAAAAACUAGAGAAGUUGACAACAAGGAAUUGCAUGGAAAUGGUCUCUUUAUCUCCUGCGCUGCAAAAUCUAAAAGAAGUGAAAGUUAUUAAUUGUGGCCAGUUGCAAGAAGUAUUUCAAAUAGAUGAGUUUCUUCAUGAUACGAAAGAAAAUCAAGGAUUGCUGUUGUCAAAUUUAACACUUAUGGAGCUAAACUCAUUACCAGCAUUGGAGAAUAUAUGGAAAGAGCCAACUCAUCUUAUAAGCCUACAAAGUCUGAAGGAUGUAAAAGUUGAUGGUUGUGAUAAGCUGAAAUCUAUCUUCUCACCUUGCCUUACUCAAAGUUUGUUGCAUUUAGAACAACUCAAGAUAUCUGCAUGCAAGAAAUUAGAGCAAGUAUUUGCUUUUGCCCAAGAUAUGGCCGAGUUCGCGGAAAAUCAGGCACCACCACUCUCAAAUUUAUUUUGUUUGGAGCUGGAGUCCUUACCAGAAUUGAGGUGCAUAUGGAGAGAACCCACUCAUCUUGUUAACCUCCAAAAUCUUAAAACUAUGAGAAUUUGCUCGUGUUCUAAACUGGAGUAUCUCUUUUCACCUACCCUUGCUCAAGCUUUGGUGCAUCUGGAAGAACUCAAGAUAAAGGAAAGCAACUGUUUGGAGCAUUUAAUCAUCAAAGCAGAAAAUGGUGAUGAAAUAGUUUCAAACAAGGAUCGCUCUCUUCUGUGCUGGCCAAAAUUAAAAUCUCUUGAGAUAGUUCGUUGCAAAAGUUUGAGAUAUGUGUUUCCCAUCACUUUGGCUCAUGGACUUCCGUACUUGGAAUCAGUUCAGAUAAUUGAUUGCCCUCAACUAAUGCAUGUCUUCAACAUGGCAAAAGAAGAGGAUAAGCACGAUAUUAUGCUACCUAAAUUACAGUUUUUAAGACUUGAAGACUUAGAAAACUUGAGGAGCUUUUGUGACGAUCAGUGGGGACUAAAUGAAUUGACUUCUCUUGAGGUUGCAUAUUGUGACGAUCUGGAAUGCUUGAUUGAUACAACACGAGAACAGAGUCCAACCACUGCAUUCUCUAAUUUGGUGAACUUAGACAUUGGUAAAAUGACUUCUUUGAAAGAGUUAUGCCAUGGUGAAUCACCGAAUAGCUUCUUACAAAACUUAGAAACAUUGAUCAUUUGCGAUUGUGGACAGCUGCAAUCAGUGUUUCAAAUGAAUGGUCAGAUGCUGUCAAUCUUAAAUUUAAGAAGCUUGGAGCUGCAGUCAUUACCGGCAUUGGAGAGUAUAUGGAAAGAGCCAACUCAUUAUGUGAGCCUACAAAGUCUGAAAGAUGUAAAAGUUGAUGGUUGUGAUAAACUGAAAUCUAUCUUCUCAACUUACCUUGCUCAAAGUUUGUUGCAUCUUGAACAACUCAAGAUAUCUGCAUGCAAGAAAUUAGAGCAAGUCUUUGCUUCUGCCCAAGAUAUGGCUGAGCUGGAGGAAAAUCAGGCACCGCCACUCUCAAAUUUAAUUUGUUUGGAGUUGGAGUCUUUACCAGAAUUGAAGUGCAUAUGGAGAGAACCCACUCGUCUUGUUAACCUCCAGAGCCUUAAAACUAUGAGAAUUGGUUUGUGUUCUAAAUUGGAAUAUCUCUUUUCACCUACCCUUGCUCAAGCUUUGGUGCAUCUGGAAGAACUCAAGGUAAUGGAAAGCAACUCUUUGAAACAUUUAAUCAUGGAAGCAGAAAAUGGUGAUGAAAUAGUUUCAAACAAGGAACGCUCUCUUCUGUGCUGGCCAAAAUUAAAAUCUCUUGAGAUAGCUAGUUGCAAAAGCUUGAGAUAUGUGUUUCCCAUCACUUUGGCUCAAGGACUUCCGUACUUGGAAUCAGUUCAGAUAAUUGAUUGCCCUCAACUAAUGCAUGUCUUCAACAUGGCAAAAGAAGAGGAUAAGCACGAUAUUAUGCUCCCUAAAUUACAGUUUUUAAGACUUGAAGACUUAGAAAACUUGAGGAGCUUUUGUCCAAGAAACUGUUUUGUCAAGUUGCCAUCUUUCAAAGGGUUGGAAGCUUCCAAUGUUGGUGCCCGACCCCAAGUAAUGAGUCAUUCCCAAAAUCAACAAGGACUUACGUGGCAAUAUCAGUUGAAAGACAUUGAAAUUAAUGCAGUAAAGGAGUUAUUAUACAAUGUCAAAAGUCUUGCCCUGACAAGAGUCAUGUAUCAGAAAAAUCUGGUUCCAAAUGUAGAUCCAAAGGGACUGAAUGAACUAACUUUUCUUGCACUUAAAGAUGGCAAGGAGCUGGAAUGCUUGAUUGAUACAACAGAAGGCCAUGUCUCAACCAGUGCCUUCUUCAAUUUGCUGGAAUUAGUCAUACAAGAUAUGACUAGCAUGAAAAUGUUGUGCAACGGUCAGUUUCCAAAGGGAUUUCUACAAAAACUAGAGAAGUUGGAAGCAACGAAUUGCAUGGAAAUGGUCUCUUUAUCUCCCGCGCUACAAGAUCUAAAGGAAGUGAAAGUUAUUAAUUGUGGCCAGUUGCAAGAAGUAUUUCAAAUAGAUGAGCUUCUUCAUGAUGCAGAAGAACCGCUGCUGUCAAAUUUAGCACUUAUGGAGCUACACUUAUUACCAGAAUUGAAGUGGAUAUGGAAAGGGUCCACCCAUUUUGUUCGCCUCCAAAGCCUGAAGUAUUUAGCAAUUAGUUUUUGCAACAGCUUGAAAUAUCUCUUCUCACCAUCCCUUGCUCAAAGCUUGGUGCUUCUUGAACAUCUCAAUAUAUAUCACUGCUAUGGACUGCAGCACAUUAUCAACGAGUUGGACUGUGAUGAUGGAAUCGAACCAAACGCCCAUCUCCAUUCUCCAUUCUUGCCAAAAUUGGAAACUCUAACCAUAAGUAAUUGUCCAAAACUGGAAUAUGUUUUUCAAAUUUCUUUGGCUCAAGUUCCUCCACGAUUGAAAUUCGUUUCGAUAAGCGAUUCUCCUCAAUUGCAACAAGUCUUCAAUGUGGCAAAAGAAAAGCAUGGAGUUGAUCGUGCCAUUGCACUCCCUUGCCUACAACAGCUACAACUCGGAAACUUGANAUCACUUUGGCUCAAGGACUUCCGUACUUGGAAUCGGUUCAGAUAA